AUGGACAGUCAGAAGGAACGGCAGUACACGUACCUGGCGAACCAAUUGCAGUCGCUGCAGUCGAACCUCCAGACGACGCGGGACGAGCUGGAGAUGCUGUCGCUGCAAUGCGACAAGAACCUUGUGGGCCAACUAGGGAAGAUCAACGCCAGUUGGUUCCUCUCCACGAACCAAUGGCUGGGCAAACAAUUGAGAGAGAAGGAUCUGCAGGCGUGA